AUGCCCGACAUUAUCGAAGAGAACGAAGGAGAAGGGAGGAGUGCCAUUGAGUUGCGAGCCAUAAGAGCUCAGGCUCUGGCUCAAGCAGCACGAGCACGUCGUUCCGCGGCGGCAGCAGCUCGUGAUCUUGUGGCAGUCGCCGCAGGGGCCGCCAUUGUCAAUAACGGGGAUAACAACAAUAACAAUAACAACAACAACAACAAUGCCGUACCAGUGGCGGUAGCAGAGAAUGAAGCGGCUGCAGCGCCGAAUGCCAAUGAGAAUCCACCUCCUGCCGUGGCUGCGGAAUUGGCAGAAGUCGGUCAAAUUGCCGGCCACAUGGCCCGCUUGACCAACGUGG